UGGUCGCUGCCAAUCAACAAAUGCGCUCCACCACCAACCUACUCAUCAUCAAUCUAGCCGUCUCCGACAUACUCUUCGUUGUAUUCUGUGUGCCAUUCACCGCCGCCGAUUAUGUGCUGCCCACGUGGCCUUUUGGGGAUUUGUGGUGUAAAUUCGUACAGUAUAUGAUUGUUGUCACCUGUCAUUGCAGCGUCUAUACUCUGGUGCUGAUGUCAUUCGAUCGGUUUUUGGCAGUUGUGCAUCCGGUCACGAGUAUGUCAUUGCGUACCGAACGUAAUGCGAUGCUAGCUAUUCUCUGUGCCUGGGUGCUCAUUAUCACUACAGCCAUUCCAGUGGCUUUGGCUCAUUCUGUACGCCUCUACUAUUUCAAAGGACGUAAUUACACAGCUUGCGUUUUCUCCACCGAAGAGGGAGCUUGGAGUUUAAUCGGAUUUCAGAUAUCUUUCUUUAUAUCGUCGUACGUUGCACCACUGACUUUGAUUUGCUUCCUCUAUAUGGGUAUGUUGGCGCGUCUGUGGAGAAGCGCACCUGGAUGUAAGCCAUCCGAGGAGUCUAGGGUAAAAGAGCCCUAA